CGAAGUUCUCCAGCGGUUCUCUCGCUUUGUUCCCCGAUUCCGAUUCCUUUUUUCUCCGAUCACUUUCCAGGAAGAAAGGCAAAAUGCUGUCCCUUCAAAAGCUCGCGACGAGCCUCUCCGCUCCUCUGUCGCGGAGAAUCGAAGCCCGCAGCAUAACCCGAGCCCCUCCGGGAACCAUCGCCGCCGCCCAUCGCCGCCGGGGCACGGCCGGGAGGGCGAAUCGGGGGCCGAGCUUGAGCUCCGGGAUGGCGACGAGCUUCGAGCACAGUAAUGGCGUGCGGAAAGUGGCGAAGGCGGCGCGAGAUCAACACAUGGCGUCCCAAGGCGGUCAGGACCCUCGUCUCGCCAAGAUCGCCUCUUCGAUCCGCGUCAUCCCAGAUUUCCCCAAGCCAGGGAUUAUGUUUCAGGAUAUAACGACGUUGCUUCUUAAUCCUGAGGCGUUUAAGGAUACUAUUGAUCUGUUUGUCGAGAGGUACAGAGAGCAAAAUAUCUCUGUUGUGGCAGGUGUUGAAGCAAGAGGAUUUAUUUUUGGUCCUCCCAUUGCAUUGGCUAUUGGUGCAAAAUUUGUCCCAAUGAGAAAACCCAACAAAUUACCUGGGGAAGUCAUCUCAGAGGAGUACUCAUUGGAAUAUGGAACAGACACGAUGGAGAUGCAUGUAGGAGCUGUGCAACCAGGGGACCGUGCCUUGAUAGUAGAUGACCUUAUAGCAACGGGUGGAACAUUGUGUGCAGCAAUCAAGCUUAUUGAGCGUGUUGGGGCAGAAGUGGUUGAAUGUGCAUGUGCCAUUGAAUUACCGGAGCUAAAGGGUCGAGAUCGGUUGGGCGACAAGCCACUAUUUGUUCUGGUGAGUUCAGACAUUUAGAACACAGUAGCAGUGAAACACCGACUUAUAUUCAGAUCAGCGAACCAUUCCUGGUGCUUAUCUUGAGCUGGAGAUUAAUAAAGAUCGCCAGUUCCAGUGGAUGUUUCACCGGUAAUAAAACAUUUAUUUUACCUUUUAAUGAGGAGGUAUGGUUUGGCUAGUUUUCUUUUCUUUUCUGUUUUUCCAGACUGUUCUUUCCUCCUUGCUUUCUCCCAUGAGAGCUUGUGGGGAGCUCAAGGUCGGAACCUGGGACAUGCACAAGUCCCAAGGAAGAUGACCAUAAUUCAUGUCUGAUUAUGUGAUGUAAACUCACAUUUCAAUUUAAACAGCUUUACUCUAUUUGCGAUUGAAUUAUUAUGUGGACUUGAAGAUGUCUUUCUUUUA